AUGGCGCCAACAAGACCAAGCGGUCCCUCAAAGUCGUCGAAAGGCAAACCGUCUAAAUCAAAGCCAGCUUCUGGCGGCAAGUCCUCUGCAAAUCGGGUAUCAAAAUCAAAGUCUAGUGGAAAGUCGGGCGCAAAGCCCAAGCCGACAGAAGUUAAAGCAAAGGCUCGCUCGGCGCCGGAAAUGUUGAAAAAGAAGAAGAAACGAGUAUACACAGAGAAGGAAUUGAACUUACCUACACUGAACAAGAUCACGCCUGUCGGUGUGCAGAAACCACGAGGCAAAAAGAAGGGCAAAGUGUUUGUUGAUGACCAGGAGAGCAUGAUGACCAUUCUCGCCAUGGUUAACGCCGAAAAAGAAGGCCAAAUCGAAUCCAGGAUGAUAAAGGCUCGUCAUAUGGAGGAAAUACGUGAGGCAAGAAGGGCUGAAGCAGAAGCAAGGAAGGACCAAAAGAAUGCCAAACUUGAGGAAACUAAGGAUUCACUUCGGAAGUCGCACAGGUCAAAGGAAAAGAAAGACACCAAGUCCAACGAACAGAACGACUCCAAACCCAAAAAGGAAGGAAAACGAAAAAGAGUUGCGUUUGCUUAA